UGAGAUCUCACACGGGGGAGAAGCCCUUUUCCUGUCCUGAAUGCAGGAAAUGUUUUUCACGGAAGUCUCAUGUUUCCAGACAUCUGAUAUCUCACAUGGGGAAGAAGCCAUAUCUUUGCACUGAGUGUGGGAAAUGGUUCUCACAGAAGUCUCAAAUGGUCAGACAUCAGAAAUACCACUCGGGUGAGGAGCUUCAUUCCUGCCCUGAGUGCGGGAAACGUUUUAUUUAUAAAUCAAAACUGGACAUACAUUACAGAUCUCACACGGGGGAGAAGCCAUUUUCCUGUCCCGAGUGUGGGAAAAGUUAUUUAGAUAAGUCCAGUCUUAUCGGACAUCAGAGACUGCAUACAGGGGAGAAGCCGUAUUCCUGUACAGAGUGCGGGAAAAGUCAUACACAGAAAUCACAACUUGUUACACAUCAAAGAUCACACACGGGGGAGAAGCCAUUUGCCUGCCUUGAAUGUGGGAAAUGUUUUUCAGGAAAGGUCAGUCUUAAUGAACAUCAGGCAUGCCACACGGGUCAAAAGCUGUUUUCCUGCUCCGAGUGCGGGAAAUGUUAUCCACGGAAAUCAGCACUUCUCAAACAUCGAAAAUCUCACACAGGAGAGAAGCCGUAUUCCUGCACCGAGUGCGGGAAAAGUUUUCCAUGGAAAUCAGUCCUUGUUACACAUCAAAGAUCUCACACAGGCGAAAAAGUGUAUUUUUGUUCUGAGUGUGGGAAAGGUUUCUCAGAUAAGUCCAAGCUUACCAUACAUCAGAGAUUGCACACGGGGGAGAAGCCGUAUUCCUGUGCCGACUGUGGAAAAUGCUUUUCACAGAAACCAGACCUUGUUGUACAUCAAAGAUCUCACACGGGGGAGAAGCCGUAUUCCUGCCCUGAUUGUGGGAAAUGUUUCUCACAGUCAAGCCAUCUUUCUUCUCAUAGGAGGUCUCACACAGGAGAGAAGCCGUAUUCAUGCCUUGAGUGCCAGAAAUGUUUUUCAGAUAAGUCCAGUCUUUGCAGACAUCAGAUAUUGCACACAGAAGAGAAGACACAUUCCUGUCUUGUUUGCGGGAAAGGUUUUUCAGAUAAGGCAAAGCUGUGUAUACAUCAGAGAUUACACACAGGCAAGAAACUGUAUUCCUGUCCUGAGUGUGGGAAAAGUUUUCUUUGGAGAUCAGCGUUUCUUAUACAUCAAAGAUCUCACACAGGGGAGAAGCCUUAUGUUUGCUCUGAGUGCGGGAAAAGUUUUUACGAUAAGAUCAGCCUUACCAAACAUGAGAGAUUGCACACAGGGGAGAAGCCGUAUAUUUGCGCUGAGUGUGGGAAAAUCUUUUCAGAUAAGUCUUGCCUUGGGAAACAUCAGAGGUUGCACACGGGGGAGAAGCCGUAUUUGUGCUCAGAGUGCGGGAAAAGCUUUUUAGAUAAGUCUAGUCUUACCAAACAUCAGAGAUCGCACACGGGGGAGAAGCCGUAUUCCUGCCCUGACUGUGGAAAAUGUUUUUCACGGAAGUCAGAGCUUAUUCAACAUCAAAGAUGCCACACAGGGGAGAAACCGUAUUCCUGUAAUGAGUGUGGGAAACGUUUUUCACAGUUGGGCAAUCUUAAUGCUCAUAAGCGGUCUCAUACAGGUGAGAAGCCGUUUUCAUGCCUUGAGUGUGGGAAAAAAUUUUCACAGCCGGACUAUCUGAUUAUUCAUAUGAGAUCUCACACAGGUGAGAAGCCUUAUUCCUGUCCUGAGUGUGGGAAAAGUUUUUCACAAAAGAUCAGUCUAAACAAACAUCAGAGAACCCACACGGGGGAGAAGCCUUAUUCCUGUCCUGAGUGCAGGAAAUGUUUUUCACAGAAGUCUUGUCUUGUCAGGCAUCAGAGAUCGCACACAACCCUGGAGAGGUUUUCCUGUCCUGAGUGCGGGAAAAGUUAUCUUCGUAAAGCAGAAAUGGUCAGACAUCAGAAAUACCACUCGGGUGAGGAGCUUCAUUCCUGCCCUGAGUGCGGGAAACGUUUUAUUUAUAAAUCAAAACUGGACAUACAUUACAGAUCUCACACGGGGGAGAAGCCAUUUUCCUGUCCCGAGUGUGGGAAAAGUUAUUUAGAUAAGUCCAGUCUUAUCGGACAUCAGAGACUGCAUACAGGGGAGAAGCCGUAUUCCUGUACAGAGUGCGGGAAAAGUUAUACCCAGAAAUCACAACUUGUUACACAUCAAAGAUCACACACGGGGGAGAAGCCAUUUGCCUGCCUUGAAUGUGGGAAAUGUUUUUCAGGAAAGGUCAGUCUUAAUGAACAUCAGGCAUGCCACACGGGUCAAAAGCUGUUUUCGUGCGCCGAGUGCGGGAAAUGUUAUCCACGGAAAUCAGCACUUCUCAAACAUCGAAAAUCUCACACAGGAGAGAAGCCGUAUUCCUGCACCGAGUGCGGGAAAAGUUUUCCAUGGAAAUCAGUCCUUGUUACACAUCAAAGAUCUCACACAGGCGAAAAAGUGUAUUUUUGUUCUGAGUGUGGGAAAGGUUUCUCAGAUAAGUCCAAGCUUACCAUACAUCAGAGAUUGCACACGGGGGAGAAGCCGUAUUCCUGUGCCGACUGUGGAAAAUGCUUUUCACAGAAACCAGACCUUGUUGUACAUCAAAGAUCUCACACGGGGGAGAAGCCGUAUUCCUGCCCUGAUUGUGGGAAAUGUUUCUCACAGUCAAGCCAUCUUUCUUCUCAUAGGAGGUCUCACACAGGAGAGAAGCCGUAUUCCUGUCUUGUUUGCGGGAAAGGUUUUUCAGAUAAGGCAAAGCUGUGUAUACAUCAGAGAUUACACACAGGCAAGAAACUGUAUUCCUGUCCUGAGUGUGGGAAAAGUUUUCUUUGGAGAUCAGCGUUUCUUAUACAUCAAAGAUCUCACACAGGGGAGAAGCCUUAUGUUUGCUCUGAGUGCGGGAAAAGUUUUUACGAUAAGAUCAGCCUUACCAAACAUGAGAGAUUGCACACAGGGGAGAAGCCGUAUAUUUGCGCUGAGUGUGGGAAAAUCUUUUCAGAUAAGUCUUGCCUUGGGAAACAUCAGAGGUUGCACACGGGGGAGAAGCCGUAUUUGUGCUCAGAGUGCGGGAAAAGCUUUUUAGAUAAGUCUAGUCUUACCAAACAUCAGAGAUCGCACACGGGGGAGAAGCCGUAUUCCUGCCCUGACUGUGGAAAAUGUUUUUCACGGAAGUCAGAGCUUAUUCAACAUCAAAGAUGCCACACAGGGGAGAAACCGUAUUCCUGUAAUGAGUGUGGGAAACGUUUUUCACAGUUGGGCAAUCUUAAUGCUCAUAAGCGAUCUCACACGGGGGAGAAGCCAUUUUCCUGUCCCGAGUGUGGGAAAAGUUAUUUAGAUAAGUCCAGUCUUAUCGGACAUCAGAGACUGCAUACAGGGGAGAAGCCGUAUUCCUGUACAGAGUGCGGGAAAAGUCAUACACAGAAAUCACAACUUGUUACACAUCAAAGAUCACACACGGGGGAGAAGCCAUUUGCCUGCCUUGAAUGUGGGAAAUGUUUUUCAGGAAAGGUCAGUCUUAAUGAACAUCAGGCAUGCCACACGGGUCAAAAGCUGUUUUCGUGCGCGGAAUGCGGGAAACAUUUUUCACGGAAAUCUGCACUUCUCAAACAUCGAAAAUCUCACACAGGAGAGAAGCCUUAUUCCUGCACCGAGUGUGGGAAAAGUUUUCCAUGGAAAUCAGUCCUUGUUAAACAUCAAAGAUCUCACACGGGCGAAAAAGUGUAUUUUUGUUCUGAGUGUGGGAAAGGUUUCUCAGAUAAGUCCAAGCUUACCAUACAUCAGAGAUUGCACACGGGGGAGAAGCCGUAUUCCUGUGCCGACUGUGGAAAAUGCUUUUCACAGAAACCAGACCUUGUUGUACAUCAAAGAUCUCACACGGGGGAGAAGCCUUAUUCCUGCCCUGAGUGUGGGAGAGGUUUCUCGAAGUCGAGCCAUUUUUCUUCUCAUAGGAGGUCUCACUCAGGAGAGAAGCCGUAUUCAUGCCUUGAGUGUGGGAAAAGUUUUUCCCAGCCGGACUAUCUGAUUAUUCAUAUGAGAUCUCACACGGGGGAGAAGCCUUAUUCUUGUCCUGAGUGUGGAAAACGUUUCUCACAAAAUACCAGUCUAAACAAACAUCAGAGAACCCACACGGGGGAGAAGCCUUAUUCCUGUCCUGAGUGCAGGAAAUGUUUUUCACAGAAGUCUUGUCUUGUCAGACAUCAGAGAUCGCACACAAGAGAGAAACCAUAUUUUUGUAUUGAGUGCGGGAAAAGUUAUCCAUGGAAAUCAGACCUUCUUGUACAUCAAAGAUCUCACACGGGGGAGAAGCCGUAUUCCUGCCCCGAGUGUGGGAAACGUUUUUCCCAGAAGUCGAAUCUUAAAACACAUCAGAGGUCUCACACGGGGGAGAAGCCGUAUUCCUGUUCCGAGUGUGGAAAAACUUUUACAUGGAAGUCCAAUCUUACUGAACACUUGAUAUGCCACUCGCAGGAAAAGGUCUUUUCCUGCCACGAGUGCGGGAAAAGUUAUCUACGGAAAUCAGCACUUGUCAGACAUCAGAAAUCUCACAUGGGAGUAGAGAUAAUUCUGCUUUGA